CCCACGAACACCAGGCAGACGCCCCCGAAGCCGCCGGCGAAGAAGUUCUUCAGGGGGCUGAUGGGCUGCGGCUGCUCCGCCAUGGCGGCGGUGGGCGAGGACACGGGACCGGGAAACAGAGCUCAGAUGAAAUCAAAAGAACGAUAAAGUUUGGAGGAAAAAAAAGAAGCUGCGGUCGCUUUCCUGGUCUGCAGUUUGGCAGGGCAUUAAGAUGUCCGUGGACAUGAACAGCCAGGGCUCUGACAGCAAUGAAGAGGAUUAUGACCCUAAUUGCGAGGAGGAGGAAGAGGAUGAGGAUCCUGGGGAUAUUGAGGAUUAUUAUGAUGGGGUAGCUAACGACGUGGAGCAGCAGGGAGCAGAUGCCUUUGAUCCAGAGGAAUAUCAGUUCACCUGCUUGACUUACAAGGAGUCGGAGAGCACUCUGAAUGAACACAUGGCCAGCUUGGCUGCCACGUUAAAGGUAUCACAUGCUGUUGCAAAGCUAGUAUUAGUUAGUUUCCACUGGCAAAUCUCAGAGAUUUUGGAAAGGCACAAAUCUAAUGCUGCCCAGUUGCUAGUAGAAGCACGAGUUCAGCCCACCUCAUCCAAACAUGCAAUGGUACAUUCCUCCCACCACUGCGCGGUGUGCAUGCAGUUUGUCCGGAAGGAGAACUUGCUCUCUCUGGCUUGUCAGCACCAGUUCUGUCGCAGCUGCUGGGAGCAGCACUGUACAGUGCUCGUCAAGGAUGGUGUUGGAGUCGGGGUCUCCUGCAUGGCUCAGGACUGCCUACUUCGGACACCAGAAGACUUUGUGUUCCCAUUGCUGCCUAGUGAAGAGCUGAAAGACAAAUACAGGCGCUACCUCUUCAGGGACUAUGUGGAGAGCCAUUACCAGCUGCAGCUGUGUCCUGGUGCAGAUUGCCCUAUGGUCAUACAGGUACAAGAGCCAAAAGCCCGGCGAGUGCAGUGCAAUCGUUGCAAUGAGGUCUUCUGCUUUAAGUGUCGGCAGAUGUACCACGCGCCCACGGACUGCGCUACCAUCCGGAAAUGGCUCACCAAGUGUGCGGAUGACUCUGAAACAGCCAACUACAUCAGUGCUCACACUAAAGAUUGUCCCAAGUGCAAUAUCUGUAUUGAAAAGAAUGGAGGCUGCAAUCACAUGCAAUGUUCCAAAUGCAAGCAUGACUUCUGCUGGAUGUGUCUGGGAGACUGGAAGACUCACGGCAGCGAGUACUACGAAUGCAGUCGGUACAAAGAGAAUCCUGAUAUUGUAAACCAGAGUCAGCAAGCACAGGCCAGGGAGGCCCUUAAGAAGUACUUGUUCUAUUUUGAGAGGUGGGAGAAUCACAAUAAAAGCCUACAGCUGGAGGCACAGACAUACCAACGAAUCCAGGAGAAAAUCCAAGAAAGAGUUAUGAACAACUUGGGGACAUGGAUAGACUGGCAAUACCUACAAAAUGCUGCAAAACUACUUGCAAAGUGUCGUUACACCCUGCAGUACACAUAUCCAUAUGCCUACUACAUGGAGUCUGGUCCCAGAAAGAAGCUGUUUGAAUACCAGCAGGCCCAGCUGGAAGCUGAAAUUGAAAAUCUCUCAUGGAAGGUGGAGCGAGCAGACAGCUAUGACAGAGGGGACUUAGAGAAUCAGAUGCACAUAGCAGAGCAGAGACGGAGGACCCUGCUGAAAGACUUCCACGACACAUAAGACAGGAGGAAGUGACGAAGUGCAGGGGUGAGAGCAGCGAGUGAAGUGAUGGCAGCUUCACUGGGAUAAGCAGGCACUGCCUCUGGGAGAACACGGCCAAGGACAAAGCCACCCCUCCCCUUGCAAGUCAGACACAUGCAAACACCACAUCUUAGUCCAGUUUGUUCUCUUAUCUUUCUGUUUCUGUUUCUGCCAGGCUAGAGGCCAGAGCUCAGAUUGGCAUAUUUCCUGGGCCAUUUCCCUCCUGCCUUUGAUGGUUUCAGAAGGGGAGGGAGUUUUUCUCUGAAUGGCUGUUAAUAGUAUUAGAUCGUUACAGUUUAUGUAAUUUUCAACGGUUGUACAAUUAUACAGACAAACCUUAGAAUAACACACAACCCUUUUUAAAAAUAAAUUGGCAGUGGAGUGUUUUUCCUUAAUCUGCUUGUAAAUUUAAUGGGCUUUUCCCCCUCUCCCUUCCUCUGACCCAAAAAUCCUCCUAGGCUCUGAAGGAGGUUACAAAAUAUCUCAGCUAGAUUUCCCGAUGCUCCUUUAACCAGGGCAUUGUAGCAUUGGCAUUGCAUGAGGAGAGUGGCUGGUGUUAAGGGUGGCUGCUGCUGUGUCUGGCCCUACAGUACCAGCAGUGGCUGUUAUUCAGUAUGAUUACAUGUGACAUCUCUUGUCUUGUAAAUCAGCUGUGCAAAAUCCAGCUACACAAACAGAAGCAAACAGGAAUUUCAAGGGACAGACCAGGUUAACACUGGAGGAUAUGCCUUGAGUUUGAGAGAAAUUGAGAGAAAUCAUAUUCUGCGUUUGAUGGAUUUUAGGUCUUCCAUGUAGAUUUUUGCUUUACUUGUUUUUGUGGAGAGGAUGUUGUAUUGCCAAAGCGAAUGAUGAGGGACUAGUAGCAUACAGUUGUUAAUCAAGGCUUGGGGCUUUUGCAGAGUGAAAGAAUCCAUGUUAUAACAGUGCCAUGCAGCCUGGUAAAGAUUAUUUGUGCCUCCUGGGUAGCAUGGCUCAGAAAAUUUGAUUUCGUUCAUUAAAAUGAGACUGAAUACCACUACAUUAUGAGGAGGAAAGAUUAUGUACAACACACUCCCUGGCACGUGUUGGCAAUGUGGACGGGCACUUGAAUUCAGGUGCAUUACUUGUGCAGAGCCUGCACAAAGCCAGGCAGAAAAUUAACUAGCAAAAUUAAUUUAUUUGUAUAUUAGUAUUGAUGCUGGUGGGGACUUAUCAGAAAAUUGAUUGUUAGGAGCAUGUGGAGCUUUUUUUAUUAACAUUCUUUUUUCUAAUGUAAAAUAUACACUAAAAUAAAAAUAUGAAAACCUA